GGCCGAGCAGCGUGGCUCCCGAGGGAGUUGGUGGGCAGCAGGGGAGACAAUAGCGAACAUGCUGUGUGGGCUCAGCCGGGAGACCCCUGGAGAGGCGGACGAUGGGCCCUAUUCCAAAGGAGGCAAGGACACAGAAGGGGCUGACGUUUCCCUGGCAUGUCGCAGACAGAGCAUUCCAGAGGAGUUCCAAGGGAUUACUGUGGUGGAGUUGAUCAAGAAGGAAGGCAGCACGCUGGGCCUGACUAUCUCAGGUGGCACCGACAAGGAUGGAAAGCCCAGGGUCUCCAACUUGAGACCUGGGGGACUUGCGGCCAGGAGUGAUCUGCUGAACGUUGGUGACUAUAUUCGGUCUGUGAAUGGGAUCCACCUGACCAGGCUCCGCCACGAUGAGAUCAUCACCCUGCUCAAGAAUGUGGGCGAGCGCGUGGUGCUGGAGGUGGAGUAUGAGCUGCCCCCGCCUGCUCCUGAGAAUAACCCAAGGAUCAUUUCAAAGACAGUGGACGUCUCCCUCUACAAGGAGGGCAAUAGCUUUGGCUUUGUCCUUAGAGGAGGUGCCCAUGAAGAUGGGCACAAGUCCCGCCCGCUUGUCCUGACCUACGUGCGGCCCGGUGGCCCUGCCGACAGGGAGGGCUCCCUGAAGGUGGGCGACAGGCUGCUCAGCGUCGAUGGAAUCCCGCUGCACGGGGCCAGCCAUGCCACCGCCCUGGCCACCCUGCGGCAGUGCAGCCACGAGGCACUCUUUCAGGUGGAGUAUGAUGUGGCCACCCCUGACACGGUGGCUAAUGCUUCAGGACCCUUGAUGGUGGAAAUAGUCAAGACACCAGGGUCUGCCCUGGGGAUCUCGCUCACCACCACCUCCCGCCGGAACAAGUCGGUCAUCACCAUUGACCGCAUCAAGCCAGCCAGCGUGGUGGACAGGAGCGGAGCCCUGCACCCUGGAGACCACAUCCUGUCCAUCGAUGGCACCAGCACGGAACACUGCUCGCUGCUUGAGGCCACCAAGCUCCUGGCCAGCGUGUCGGAGAAGGUGCGGCUGGAGAUCCUGCCUGUGCCCCAGAGUCAGCGGCCACUGAGGCCCUCAGAGGCAGUGAAAGUGCAGAGGAGUGAGCAGCUGCACCGCUGGGACCCCUGCGUGCCCUCCUGCCACAGCCCCCGGCCCGGCCACUGCAGGAUGCCCACCUGGGCCACACCUGCUGGCCAGGACCAAAGUCGAUCCUUGUCUUCAACUCCCUUUUCCUCGCCGACCUUGAACCACGCCUUUUCCUGCAACAACCCCAGCACCCUUCCCCGUGGAUCCCAGCCCAUGAGUCCUCGAACUACAAUGGGGCGGAGGAGGCAGCGAAGAAGGGAACACAAGAGCUCGUUGUCGCUGGCCUCCAGUACAGUGGGGCCGGGCGGGCAGAUUGUGCACACGGAGACCACGGAGGUCGUGCUCUGCGGAGACCCCCUCAGCGGCUUUGGCCUCCAGCUCCAGGGCGGCAUCUUCGCCACGGAGACCCUGUCCUCCCCACCCCUCGUGUGCUUCAUCGAGCCUGACAGCCCGGCUGAGAGGUGUGGGCUGCUGCAGAUAGGGGACCGUGUCCUGUCCAUCAAUGGCAUCGCCACUGAGGAUGGGACUAUGGAGGAAGCCAACCAGCUCCUUCGGGAUGCCGCGCUGGCUCACAAGGUCGUGCUAGAGGUGGAGUUCGAUGUGGCGGAGUCUGUCAUCCCAAGCAGUGGCACGUUCCAUGUGAAGCUGCCCAAGAAGCGUGGUGUGGAGCUGGGUAUCGUCAUCAGCUCGGCUAGCAGGAAGCGAGGGGAACCCCUCAUCAUCUCCGACAUCAAGAAAGGCAGUGUGGCACACAGGACGGGCACCCUGGAGCCAGGCGACAAGCUGCUGGCCAUCGACAAUAUCCGCCUGGACAACUGCCCCAUGGAGGACGCUGUGCAAAUCCUGCGGCAGUGCGAGGACCUGGUGAAGCUGAAGAUCCGGAAGGAUGAGGACAACUCUGAUGAGCUGGAGACCACGGGUGCUGUCAGCUACACAGUGGAGCUGAAGCGCUAUGGGGGCCCCCUGGGCAUCACCAUUUCCGGCACGGAGGAACCUUUUGACCCCAUUGUCAUCUCAGGCCUCACCAAGCGUGGCCUGGCUGAGAGGACUGGUGCCAUCCACGUGGGGGACCGCAUUCUGGCCAUCAACAGCGUUAGCCUCAAGGGCCGGCCGCUGAGCGAGGCCAUCCACCUCCUGCAGGUGGCUGGAGAGACCGUCACACUGAAGAUCAAGAAGCAACUAGACCGACCCCUCCUACCCCACAAGUCAGGCAGCCUCAGUGAGACCAGCGAUGCUGAUGAGGACCCAGCAGAGGCCCUGAAAGGAGGACUGCCAACAGCCCGCUUCUCACCGGCUGUGCCCAGUGUGGACAGUGCUGUGGAGUCUUGGGACAGCUCGGCCACUGAGGGUGGCUUUGGGGGCCCAGGGUCCUGUACACCACAGGCAGCAGCCCGGGGUGUGACCCCCCAGGAGUGGAGGCCUGGCCGGCUGAGGAGCAGCCCCCCCACCACUGAGCCCCGGAGGACGAGCUAUACCCUGACCCCAGCUGAUGAGAGCUUUCCAGAGGAGGAGGAGGAGGAGGAGGAUUGGGAGCCGCCAACGAGCCCAGCCCCUGGCCCUGCCCGAGAGGAGGGCUUCUGGCGUACGUUUGGAGAAGCUCUCGAAGACCUGGAGUCAUGUGGUCAGUCAGAGCUGCUGAGGGAACUGGAGGCAUCCAUCAUGACAGGCACCGUGCAGAGGGCAGCCCUCGAGGGCAGGCCUGGCCACCAGCCUUGGCAGAGGGGACGGGAGGUACGAGCCUCUCCUGCAGAGAUGGAGGAGCUGCUACUGCCUACACCCUUGGAGAUGCACAAGGUGACCCUGCACAAGGACCCCAUGCGGAAUGACUUUGGUUUCAGCGUCUCAGAUGGCCUCCUGGAAAAAGGCGUCUAUGUCCACACUGUGCGCCCUGAUGGGCCAGCCCACCGCGGGGGCCUCCGGCCCUUCGACAGGGUCCUGCAGGUCAACCACGUCCGUACACGGGACUUCGACUGCUGCCUGGCGGUGCCGCUUCUGGCCGAGGCGGGCAAUGUCCUGGAGCUGGUCAUCAGCCGCAACCCACUGGCACACAGCAGCCGGGCCCCCCGAGCGCCAGGCCCCAGCAGUCCCCGGAUGCUCUGAAGUCAGCAUGUGGGCCGAACUCCUAAGGGGCCACCCAGGCAGAUCCUGGAUCCCAGACACGUAGCUGGGCUGGAGAAGCGGCCACCCACUCAUUCAUCUGUUGGUCUGGCAGACCCUGAGCCUGGGGUGAUGCUUGGUCUCUAUUCCCCAGGUCUGUGGUGACUGGGGUACCAGGCAGGGAGGCCUGCCCAAGUUGGAGUGACAGCUGGGGUCUCUCACCAAGUUGGGUCUCCAAGAUGCCCAGAGGAGCCUCCCUUAAGAAGGGUUGGCACAGGCUGCUCAGCCGAGAGGAGAGAGGCCUGGUGGCUAUCCCAGGUCCCUGUGGGGCCUCCUUGGAGAGGUCGAAGACGUAGGGAGCACUUCCUCCCAGCAGAGCCAUGGAGCUGGAAUGAGCUGCAAGGAGGAGUGAGUUCUCGGUCACAGGAGGUGAGCAGGCAGGAGCUGGAUACCCCAGCGCAGUCAUGCAUUGGGGCAUGAGGCAUUCCCAUGAUGCGUGCACACGCGCUCGGGGGGUUGGCUUCCUGGUGGGGAGCCACUUCCUCUAGAGACUCAGCCACCAGGAAGGAUACUGCUUCAGAUGGGAGCCCAGCUCCUUCGCUUCUCCAGAAUGGGGGUUUGGGGCUUGCUAGUCCUGAGAUUCUCAGAUUCCCAGAAUCUGGUCCCCACUUAUGAGACUCUUAAGUUGGGGCAUCUGGGAUCCCAGGAAGUGUUGGCCCUUUGAUUCCGAAAGUGGGUGAUUCUUUCAUUUCAGCAUCUCAGUCUGAAGCUUCUGGCACUUGAGACUGUGGUUCUGGGCCCAUUGGGCAGACUCUAUAGGCCUUGGGCUCUCAGUCCUCCUGCUGCUUCUGUAGGCCGUGUGGCCACUGACCCAUCUGCACGCCCACUCAGCCCAAGCCCCUCCUUGUGGGAGGGGUCAUUUUUGGGACAAAAGACCCUGGAGCUUCCAUUCGCCUGUCAUCCAAUGAAGAUUGAAAAGUGAUGGACACAGGACCUGUAAGGCGCAGCGCUGUCUUUACAGCCAGAUCAGUGGAGGAAGAGGAGAAAGAGGGAGGGAGAUGGGAGAGAGAUGGGCCAGAGGAAAAGAUGGGACACUUGCCCAGUGGAGGGUGUCCAAAGUGCUUAUUCAAAGAAGUCUAUUCCCACUUGAAAUCUGGAAGCACCAGCAUCCCUUAAAAUAAUUGUCCUCAGUGUCCACAAAUCAGAGACCCUCUUCAUUUUGAGAAGGGUGUGGGCCUCCCUGGCUGGUCUAGCAAGUGGUGCCUGGGGUGGAGUGGGCAGGCGGGUGUAGCCAGGGCUGGAGAUGUGCUUUGCCUGGCCCAGCUCUCACAGGGGUCUCUGGAAAAUGGGGCACCCACUCCCACCUCCACCUGUCUCCAACCUGGGAUCCUGGAGGCCAGAAAAGUGCUCUUCCAUUUCAGAGAACAGAUGGGGAGUCAAGAGGUCUAUUCUUUUCACCCUGGGUCUGUUACCUGUUUGCUGUGCGACCCUGUCUGGGUUGGACCCCCAGCCCAUCUGGAUGAUCACAGGUGGACAGUCUGAGCUGGAUGAUCACAGGUGGACAGUCUGAGCAGACACAGGCUUCCUGGUCAGGGACAGAGCCGUGUCUACCGACCCACCAAGGCCCCCUUGGGGAACUGCUCACGCUGUCUCCCUGGGGCCUGCCUCCCUUACCCCUCCCCUCCACUUCCCCAGGCCCUGCCCCUUGUUGCCCUCCCUGAGGGCCCUGCAUGCUUGUGCCUGGGGUGCUCAGCACCUCUGCUAUCUUGGAUUCCUGUGUACUUAGCCCAGGGGGAAAGGGCACUGCCUACCUGUCACAGGGCACCAAGCAAAAGCCAAGAGCCCUCACUUUGCGGGGGAGGGACAGCACAGCAGAGGUGUGGCUUCUGGACGCAAGCAGCCAUAGCUGUGUGACCUUGGACAGGUGGCUCAGUGUCUCUGGACCUCUGCUAAGCAGUAGGGCUGGACAGGACACACUCUCAGGGCCUCUCGGCUUGGGAAAACUGCACUGACUCCAGGACUCCAGGCGAGGGAAGAUGCACCUGACUCUAACCAGUACCCCCUCUGCCUCCUCGGGCUGAGGCCUCUGCCAUUCUCCCAAACGUAUGCAAUCAGGCCCGCGCUGGGCCUCCAGCCACGCCGGCCUCCUCAUAUGCAAUAUUUCUUCUGGCUUCUCGUGGGGAUGGUUCAUCCCCGACUUGACAUUUCCUGACACCUUUCCCCAGUGAGCGCCCUGCCUGCCUAUGCAUUUUGGGAACAGCCCCUGUGACAUGUCCCCUUCCACCACCCCCUUCCCCAAAGCUGUAUUUUUCUCUGGCUGAGAUGAGAACAUAUUCCUUGUAAAGUAUUUUUCUACAUCGGGUUUUCUUAGGGCUCUUGGGAAGCACAAACGCCAAGGGGCUGUAUUGCAAAGGCCGCUUAUGGUCUGUUUGGGGCCCUCAUCUAAGUCUUUGUCCCACCAGGGGUUGCAGUGGCUUGGGGUAAGUGCUAUGGGGAUGAUUUUUUUUUAAUAAAAUUAUUUAAAUCCA